AUGUCAAAAAAUAAUACAAUAAUCAGCCUCUCUAUAAAUGAAUUGAAAGAUUAAUGGUAAAAGCAUAGCAAGAGAGAUCUUGUUACUUAACUUGUUCGUUAGCCAUCGUCGAAUUAAAUAAGAAUUUCUAAAAAUCAAGGAUCUACAAAUCAUUAAACAUCUCCUAAUAAAUUAUUGAAUAAACAAAUUUAAGCUCCUAAAACCUUGUAAUUAGACAAUCUCUCAAUAGAAUCCACUAUUUCGAUUGGCAGUUAAAUUUUUUAAAGCGAUAAUAAUAUUGACAACCAGUAGAUUUAACCAACACCUUCAUUGAAAUCGAUUAUUGAUAUAGGACAUCUGUGUUUUGAUAAAACAACUAAAUCUCAAAAAGAAUAUGAUUUAAAUUCUAAUGAAUUAAAAUAAAAUAGUAAUGGGUAAAUAGAAACUUCUAAAAUUCGUUUUAGUACCCUUUCCAAAGAUGUAGACAACCCUAUUAACUGUCUAAAUGUUAAAAUUUACCCUAUAGUUUAUCUUAAUCUAAUAUCAUCAAAUAAACUUUAGAGAAAAGCUGAAAGUAACAAAAUAACUCAUAAGAUGUACAUGAUGCAACAAUUAAAUAAAUUCAAAAAGGAUGACAUGAAUAAGAAAAUUAUUAUACACUAACCUAUGAAGGAACCGAUAUCAUUAAAUCCUGAAAUUUCAACUAAAUUAGAGGCAUCAAAAUAGGUUUUGUUGAUAAAGAAUAAACCUAUUUAAUAGGAGAAUUUAUAAUAUUAAUAGUAAAAUAAUCUGGAUUAUAGUUUUGAAAAAUAUAUGAUGCAAAAUUUAAAUUUCAGUUUUGUCAAUAUUUGUAUUGAACCAAAAAUCGAAAAAUAUAGAUAAAAAUUAUAGUAAGAAUAAGAAAGUUAAAGUAAGCAAGAAUUAAAUUUCCGAGUAAAAACUAUAAGUGAAAAUAAAUAAUAUUCAAUACCAAAUUUUCCUGCAAUGCCUCUAAAGUUGUAAAAAUUGAAAAUGGAAACUGUCAACAACAAAUAAAAUUAAAUUUGUGAAAAUAAUAAAUUAUUAUUUGAUGAAACAACUGAUGAAGAAAAUCAAAUGAAAUCCUCAAUCAUGGAUUUAUAAUUUAAUUUACUAAAAAAAGAUUAAAUUCCACUAUUUUAAUUAUUGAUUCUAAUAGGAAAAGAAUAAGUCAAUGAUAAACAAGUAUUAUGGUAAGAUUAAAUUUAGAUAAAAAACAAUCCAAAUUCUUAUUAUAAUAAAUUGGAUUGUGAUUAAAUUGGUAUCAAUGAUAUUAAAGUUGAAUUAUCUCAAAAUAUUAUGAAAGAUUGUAAAGUAAAUUAAGAAACUAGUAGUAAAUAGACUAUUCAAACAAAAUAAUUUAUGUUAACUAGUUUAAUUAAAGAUAGAGAAGAUUAACCAAAUUAAAAUAUGAGAUAUAUGAAUGGUUUAUAAUUUAAUGAAAAUUUAUUGAAGGUUAACUAUGAGAUAGUAUAACCGAAGGAAAAGCCUCAAUAUCCAACACUUCUUUAGAUGAAUAGAAUGAAGAUAGAAAAGAUAAAGGAAUUGAUUAUUGAAGGAAAAUCAUAAAAAUCAUUUUUUAAAACUAAACAGCAAGAAAAAUAAUAAAAUUACGCUUCUGGAAUCUAAAUUAGAUAGAUUACAGAAAAUAAUUAUAGUCCAAAAAAAUAUAUAUUACAUGGAAGCUUAAUUGUAGAGGAAGCAAAAGAGAGUUAAUUUAACAAAAGAAGUUCAAGUAUUGACAAAGGUAAAAAAAAUAUGAAAAUGAGUAAAUUCCAGUUUUAAAUUUUAAAUAGAUUCCAAAAGAUAAAAUAUUUAGGAAGGGGUAACGUUAGUGAUGCAUAUUCAGUAAUUGAUUAAUAAACUGGAAUGGCACUAGCUUUAAAAACGAUUUAAAAAUCUUUAAUUUAAAGUAAAGGUAUAAAUACUUUGAUAUUUAAUGAGAUUAAAACUUAAAUGUUAUUAAAUCAUCCAAAUAUUCUGAAAUGUUAUGGAAUAAUUGAUGAUAAAAAAUAGGUAUAUAAACUAUAUUUUAUAUUAGAUUGCAUUAAUCUUAGAAUUAAGUGAUUAGACUUUAUAUAAUCUGAUUCGAAAUACUACAAUUAAUAGAAAAGAAAUGGUUGAUAUUUUGUAUCAGGUAUUAAGUGCUGUUAAUUAUUUACAUAACAAUGGUAUAAUUCAUAGAGAUAUAAAGCCUGAAAAUAUCCUAAUUUCUUAAAAUGUAAUAAAACUGGCUGAUUUGGGUAUUUCUAUAAGAGCUUAAAGUUGUUCACAAUAUUGUGGUACUUAAGGAUAUAUGGCACCUGAAAUUAAAUUACAUGAAAAAUACACUUCGAAAGUAGAUUGUUAUAGCAUAGGUGUUUUAAUUUAUGAAAUGCUUUAUAAGAAAUUACCUUUGCAAACUCUAUAUCCAAUAAAAAAUAUAAAGAAUGAUUUAUUGAUUGAUUUAAUGAAUAAUUUAGUUGAACCAAAUUAGAAUUUCAGAUAUUCUUGUUCUUAAGCUCUUGAUCAUGAACUUUUUGGUAAACUCAUAUAUCCUUAAUUAAUACAAACUUUAAUACAGAACAGUNAUUUAUUGAAGGUUAACUAUGAGAUAGUAUAACCGAAGGAAAAGCCUCAAUAUCCAACACUUCUUUAGAUGAAUAGAAUGAAGAUAGAAAAGAUAAAGGAAUUGAUUAUUGAAGGAAAAUCAUAAAAAUCAUUUUUUAAAACUAAACAGCAAGAAAAAUAAUAAAAUUACGCUUCUGGAAUCUAAAUUAGAUAGAUUACAGAAAAUAAUUAUAGUCCAAAAAAAUAUAUAUUACAUGGAAGCUUAAUUGUAGAGGAAGCAAAAGAGAGUUAAUUUAACAAAAGAAGUUCAAGUAUUGACAAAGGUAAAAAAAAUAUGAAAAUGAGUAAAUUCCAGUUUUAAAUUUUAAAUAGAUUCCAAAAGAUAAAAUAUUUAGGAAGGGGUAACGUUAGUGAUGCAUAUUCAGUAAUUGAUUAAUAAACUGGAAUGGCACUAGCUUUAAAAACGAUUUAAAAAUCUUUAAUUUAAAGUAAAGGUAUAAAUACUUUGAUAUUUAAUGAGAUUAAAACUUAAAUGUUAUUAAAUCAUCCAAAUAUUCUGAAAUGUUAUGGAAUAAUUGAUGAUAAAAAAUAGGUAUAUAAACUAUAUUUUAUAUUAGAUUGCAUUAAUCUUAGAAUUAAGUGAUUAGACUUUAUAUAAUCUGAUUCGAAAUACUACAAUUAAUAGAAAAGAAAUGGUUGAUAUUUUGUAUCAGGUAUUAAGUGCUGUUAAUUAUUUACAUAACAAUGGUAUAAUUCAUAGAGAUAUAAAGCCUGAAAAUAUCCUAAUUUCUUAAAAUGUAAUAAAACUGGCUGAUUUGGGUAUUUCUAUAAGAGCUUAAAGUUGUUCACAAUAUUGUGGUACUUAAGGAUAUAUGGCACCUGAAAUUAAAUUACAUGAAAAAUACACUUCGAAAGUAGAUUGUUAUAGCAUAGGUGUUUUAAUUUAUGAAAUGCUUUAUAAGAAAUUACCUUUGCAAACUCUAUAUCCAAUAAAAAAUAUAAAGAAUGAUUUAUUGAUUGAUUUAAUGAAUAAUUUAGUUGAACCAAAUUAGAAUUUCAGAUAUUCUUGUUCUUAAGCUCUUGAUCAUGAACUUUUUGGUAAACUCAUAUAUCCUUAAUUAAUACAAACUUUAAUACAGAACAGUCUAACAAAAUUACUGUGA